AUGGAUUGUCCAGCUGCUCUUGAAAGGAUUAAAGAAGAUCGCCCAAUAACAAUAAAAGAUGAUAAAGGAAAUACCAGCAAAUGCAUAGUCGAAGUUGUUACGGUUCAACCUGACAUGAGAGAACUAUAUGAGACAAUGAACAGGUUACAUUUGCUCUCUUCGGAUUUCGAAGGCAAAGCGAAAGUCAAAAGCUGGUUAGACAAAUUCGAAAUGAUGCAAGCUUCUGACGAACUUUCCGAUACAGAGGCCCGCCAACUAAUUUUUGAUUUGGAAUCUGCGCAUAAUGCUUUCAAUCGCGAGCUUCAUUCUGCUUGA